AAAACCCAAAAAGUUGUUGGGUAUGAAAUAAGCCGGCAACCAUAACGAUUUUUCUUCUAUUCCUGAAAAAUUAAUAAUUUCUUGUUUCUUAUAUGUAUUUUGUAAAUUAUAGUACACAAUUUUCAAAAUGAAGUUCCGUUUAAAAAUGGAUCUGUCCCAAUUCUAUCACGAUGAACGCAAUCUAGCUUAUAUCCUCGUCGAUCCGAAAUGGGACCAAGUUAUUUGCCUACAGGAGCACGUUCAAAAGCUAUUCGAUGUUCCCGAGGUGCAAUUUCUUACCGAUGAUGGAAUUUACAUUCCUCCACGAGAAUCCAUUGAUGUUAUCAAAAGUAAUGAUGUUUUGAGAGCUAUCAUUCCAAUAAAGUCUAAGAAAAAGAAGAAAAAGCGAUCAAAAUCGUAUUCGAUGAAUGGUUCUGUCCUUGAACCAAGUGACGCUUCCUUAGAAAUCACUGGCGAUAAACGCAAAUGCGACGACGACGAUGCAGAGGGACUAACUUGUUCCACCCCAAAUAUUCAACCGAAGAAAAAACAACGAACUGCUAUUGACGUGGAAGAACAAAACAGUUCCAUUAUAAUUAAGGAUCAAAGUUCCAUUAAGGAAUUCGAAGAAAGUAACAUACAAGCUCUUCAGAAUAGCAAUACAGUUACUAGUACAAUAGAUUCUAAUGAACAAAACAAAUCAAAGGAAGGCAUUGAAACCUUUGUAUGUCCAACAAACGAUGCCAAUGAUGUCACUGCCAAGUCACGAAAACGAAAGCGUUCUCGCAAAAAUAAGAACUCUCUUGAUAACAAAGACAAUGAAGAGAAAAAUAGUCGACUUUCAUCAGUUCCUAUUCCAAUUUCAUCUUCUACCCUGAGACUAUCCAAAACAAUGUCAACUCCCAAUUCGUCAGUGAAGCAUGUACACUUCAGUGACGAAGAACCAACUUUGAUUGAAGAAAAUCCCAAAUCUAAAUCAGAUCUUGUGAUAUAUCGAAGUCUUCUUAGUAUGGAUACUGAGGUUAGAAUAGUGGAAGCAGAAAAGGAAGAAGAACUAAAUACUAAGACAGAGCCAGAAUCUCAGGUUAAGAAACCCGUAAUUCAAAUUCACGAACAUAUUGUUAUACUUCCUGCCCCAGAAUUGGAUAUUUCGUCGGCAGAUGCUGAUCCAAAUGAGUAUUGUAGCGUUAUUGAGGUAGAUGACAGUGUUGUAAGGUCAGAACCUGAUGAAGAGACAACUCAAGCAGUUAAUGAAAUCAUUGAAGAUAUCAAUGUUGAUAAGAUUCUUCCACUUUCUGAGGAGCUAUCGGAAAUGCCAAAUGUCGGUGAUGUCAUACUUUUUAAAAUGUACCAACUAAGUGAAGCCUGUACGCCAGAAAUAUCAAAAUACAUCUGCGGACGAUGUGAAGAAAUUGACCCAAACAUGAAAACAUUGAAUUGCCUUGUGCUAGAUGGUUUUGAGCAGUUAGAUGAGAACUUACCAAAACUUACUCCUAGCGAUGAGAAUCAAGUCAAGCGAUGGGGAAAGAUGAACUGUUUUCAGUUUUCCUUCAAUGAAAUGCUGGAUAAGCGAGUUUUUAAGAUGUAAUUUGUUGUAAUCAUUUUAAUAUCGUCUAUGGAUAUUAUCACUGACUUCUCUACCUGUUAUGUUUAUGAACAAUUUUUUGCCGUGAAAAUGUAUUUCUUUUUGUUAUGUUAUAAAUUUUUUGUAUUCAAAAUCCUAAUAUGAUCUGUCAUUAAAUAAAUAAAAUAGAACAGAAAUAAGAACCAAAUAAA